GAAGCUGCCAGUACCGUAUGUAAUUAUUAGUUAUUCCGCGACAUCGGUCUGUAUCACUCCAUCAGAUUGUGCAUUCCAAGUGAGAUUCCUUCAGUAUUCGCAUUUCAACGAUUUCAAUUUUGUGGAUAUCGGCUAUAAUUUUUUCGUUAGAGAUGACGGCUUCGCAUAUGUCGGCAGGAGCUGGAACUAUGUCGGUGCCCAUGCCCGCGGUUAUAACAGCAAAAGUAUCGGCAUUUCUUUCAUCGGUGGAUUCAAUUUAACUGUACCGCCGAAACCGCAAUUACGUGCCGCGCGAAAGUUCAUAGAGCUCGGCGUCAAAGCCGGAAAGAUCGCGCCCGACUAUAAAUUGUUAGUAGGUCACCGACAAGUUUCGAAAACUCUGAGUCCUGGAGAUGCCUUAUAUAACGAAGUUAAAAAGUAGCUCCGUUGGUCACCCAAGCCCUGACCCGAUAACUUAAA